AUGAUUAUUGAUAAUGAAACCUUACGUGAUAUUUGUAUCAACAAAUUGAAAUUAACUCAGCCUACUUACGGUGAUAUAAAUUCUGCUGCAAUUUCAGAAACUACAUGUUCUCUUAGAUUUUCAUGUAAAUUUAAUUCGGACUUUAGAAAAUUGGCAUUCAAUUUGAUUCCAUUCCAAAGACUUCAUUUCUUAAUGAUUAGAAUUGAUCCACAUACAUCAAGAGAUUCUCAAUUAUAAAGAUUUCAAGCACGGAAAACAUUUAAUUGUAUCAGUCAUCCCAAAAGGAAGAGGUAUAUUCAACAGUGUAAAUAGAAUAUAUGAUUUUUGAUUUUAUCAAUAAGAGUUCCUCAAAUUUUGUUGAAUAGAUACCUAAUUAUAUCAAAUAUUCGAUUUGUGAUAUAUUACAAAAAGGUCUUAAAUCAGCAGCAACAUUGUGUGGAAAUUCAAAAUCUAUAUAAGAAAUUUCUAGAGAAUCAAUGAUUAAUUAACAGCUAUGUUUAGAAGAGAGGCAUUCUUAAAUUAGUACAAAAAUGAAGGGUAAUCAUUAAUCUGUAAAUUAAUUAAGGAAUGGAUGAAAUGGAAUUGGUUGAUGCUGAAUCUGAAUGA